AUGACCUUUGUGUCAUAUCUGAACACGACUACCGCUAUUAUGCUCCUUGUGGAGACCAUGCUGUUUUGUCGCCUCCUAGCAAGGAUUAUCCGCAAGCGCAUAUUACAUCAUAUUUUCGGACACCUCAUCGUCCCACUCAUCGUCAUCAAGUUCGCUAGAGUCGCAAAUCUCGCUUGCACCGUCUUCGGCUCAGAGAUUGGCCGCCUGGAUUCUACUUUUGCGCUGCGGCCCUCAUCGUGGGGACAUCCUGGCACGAACACUGAGUGGCUCAUGCAGGCUUCCGAUCAUAUUCGAGGAUUCGAAGACGAUGAGCGUGGGAAAGGCAUCUAUACGGUAUUCUGUUACAAGGAUCACAUAUUCCUUCUCAUGUCGAACCUGCCAUCUUCGUCGUUCCAGGGCACGCUGACGAUCAGCGCAUCGUCCGUGAUUGUCGCGCCCAUAAACAAAGUAUGGCAGAUCCUCGUCGACUUCACGUCCUAUGCCGAAUGGUACGUCCAGUCCCAAACGUUUACUCAUAACGAGGACAUACUCAGGCUGCGUCCUGAGUCUAUGUUCAGGAACACCUUCGUACACAAACAGAGAAUUGUGGACCGCACUUCCAAGGGGCCGCUGCCCGACCAGACACCGCGCGAGGGAACGUACCUCCUCAUGGAGGUGCAAAUACCACCGACGUCCGACCGCUCCCACACGCCGACGUCGCGCCCGCUCGAGGUGAUCACGGCGGUCGACCCGGCAGCGCACCGUGUGACGUGGAAGAAUCUGAUGCCGUCGUGGUUUCUGUGCGCGGAGCGGUGGCAGGCGCCGAGUGUCGUCGAGGAAGGGAAGACGUUGUAG